GCGGAGAUCCGGCGUCCCUGACUCGGGCACGGUAGGCUUGCUGUCGAGUUCCGUUUUGGCCGCAGGACCCGGAAGGCUUAGGAGGAGUCGGCUGAGCCCGGACCCUCGCGUCCAGCCAUGGUCCGGCGUCGCAAGCCAGGGACCCCGAGGAGGCGGCCCUCUAGUCCGGCGCCCGGACCCUCUCAGCCAGCCACGGACUCGCGUCGCCAGUCGAGGACUCCGACGAGGCGGCCCUCCAGUCCGGCGCCCGGACCCUCGCGACGGAGCUCCGGAGUAGGCCCUCAGGCACUACACAGAAGACGGAGAUUCCUGUGGCUUAAGGAAAUAAAGAACCUGCAAAAGAGCACAGACCUCUUGUUUAGGAAGAAGCCUUUCGGCCUCGUGGUAAGAGAAAUAUGUGGGAAAUUCAGCCGUGGUGUGGAUUUAUAUUGGCAAGCUCAAGCCUUGUUGGCCCUUCAAGAGGCAGCAGAAGCGUUUCUCGUUCACCUCUUUGAGGACGCCUAUCUCCUCUCCUUACAUGCUGGCCGAGUCACACUUUUCCCCAAAGACGUGCAGCUAGCCAGGAGGAUCCGAGGCAUUGAGGGAGGACUCGGCUGAGCUGCCAGUGCAAUGUGUCCAGACAAUACCUGGAAUCUUUUGGAGCUGCAGCCAGACAGCGGUGUCUGAGGCACUGGGUGGAUAUUGCUGGUUUUGAGCAGUGGCUACACGAUGCCCUUUAAGAUUGUGGCUUUUGUCUGUGACAGAGGAAGAAGAGGCCAUCUGCCUCGCCCAUGGACACGAAUGAGUGUUUGCAGACCAAAGGUCAACUUGGUUUGUGAAUUGCUCAACCACAUUACUGUUUGCGGGUUUCAGGCCCAUGAGGUCUGCCAUGUUAUGAGGGGUAUUGAUAUUUUAUUCUUUCUGUACCAUGUGCAUCUUUUAUCCUGUGUCUUUGUACUUUUUAAAUAUAAGGGAGAAGUUUUUGAGUAAAAUGCUAGAAUCUGUUGUAUGGAAAGCCCUGGCAGUCCCGCCCGCCAUACAAAUGUCUGCCUUCCAGAUUGCCCUCAUGCUGCCUGUCAGCAAACACGGAGCUUUUCAAAACUUAAGUAGCGUUACAUACACAGUCUUCUCUUCCUUCCCUUCAAGGCUGGGACUUGAAUCCAAUGUCUUAUACAUGCCAAACAUGAACUGUAAUGUUGAACUGCAUCCAUAGCCUGAAAUAUAUAGUCUUUCUGGUUCCUACCAGUAAAUUCCUAUGGAAACCAUCCAGAAAGUCUCUCUUAGAAGUGGACAGUUUAUUCUUAGCUGUAAAUCACAUACAAUGUAUCAUACCAGUUUUGGGAUUUUACAACAUGUUUUCCGUAUUUUUUACAGGUUAUCUUUAGUUUAUUUGAGGAGAAAUAAUAAAAAAAAUAAUUUCUUAGUGAAAAAAAUUGAAAUAAAGUUACUGUUACAGAUGUUA